AUGGCUGAUGAUUUCGGUGGGUGGAAGUUUCAUGAUGAGAUCCAUGAUCAUGUGCCAAAUAGCGCUUUCAAAAUUGCAUCACUGGAUUCUGAUUCAUCCAAAGAAAUCACACCAGACUCCUUGGAAGAACUUGAAGGAAAAAAUACAAAACCAUUGCACACGGGACAUAAAAAUUCACCUGGCAUAUUUUUUCACCCCCUCGCACAUUUCGAUACCCCAGACUUAGCUGAUCAAGAGCUCUUAGUUCUAAAUAAAGCGCAAUAUUUCCCUGCUGAGAAUACAAAUUCCCCGGCCACAAUUUCUCAUUCACCCACUGGAUUAGCUUCAGAAUCCACUGCAAGCCUUCGAGAAGAACCAUGUUUCCCGAAUAGCAACGCAAAUCCACCUGUUGUGCAUGAACAAACCCCCCAAUUGACUUCAUCUAGUCAUCCAAGACCUCACAAUAAAAGUAAAAGACCACGCACCAAGCGGUACAGACACCCAGAAGUCCAAGUUGGCAAUCCGCCGGCUCCACUAGAUUGGAACCCGAAGCCCCGGUUCGAGAAAACCCAACAUUUUUCUGAAAAGAAUGAUGAUUACUUUAAAAUUUUUGGAAUGGAAGAUGAAGAAUUCGAUGCUUUGGGUCAAAAUUUUUUAACAACCUUGCAGAGAAAAUCCACAAAAUUAAAUUUAGAAGUCCAAGCAGAAAGUAGUGAAUUUUUCAAAAGACUUCGUGGUGGUAAGACCAUGGUUUGGAUUUUUGGGAAUACAGUUUACAGGGCUGAACCAGAGGAGCAGCGUUUGAAAUCGAAGUAUGCUUCAACUUUAUCAGAAUUUGAAAAAAUAUUUGCGUUGAAAAUCGAAUCACUUAUCAAUCAAGGCCAAUCAUCCACAAGCGAAGAAAGAAAUACUAGAGGUGUUUACCAACUUGUUUUGCAAUUUUCCGACAUUCUUUGGAUCAACAACUUGAGAUUACUUGACAGUCUUGGACUCAAAGACGAGAAAUAUUAUUUGAUUGCGCAUGCCUUGGUUUAUAGGUGGCUUCUGAGGUGCACCCAGGAUGAUCUAGAGCAUCUAGUGUUAGAAAUCUUCAAGACAGCCCUCACGUUGGAUCCAUCGAAAGAAAGAAUUUAUCUCAUCCUUUUGUUGGCGACUUACUACAAGACCGUCAAUGAAGAAAAGUGGGAAUUAGUACUUGGAAAUGACUCCCGGUUUCUAUCGCACAUAGUGAAAAACCAAACCGAAGCUUUUCAUUCGGUGACUCGAACAUCACGAGCCAAGAUGAGAUUGCUUAAGCUGUUUCCAUGGGUGGGCAACUUCCACGAAUUCAAUACCUACGAGUUACUGAGUGGCCUGCGGAAUCACAGAAACCAUCGGGUUGAUCUGGAUUCGUAUGUUCAAGUUGAACCCCGUCUAGAAAAGGGACAGUAUGAGGAAAUUGGCGAGAUCCCUUCCGAAUUGACCGAGACAGUAAUGGAGAAAUCAUUGACAAUAGAAUUCACUCAAACAAUGCUGGACGUGGAAGCCUUCAGAAUGCAAUACUCUUAG